AUGGAGUCCAACUACGACGAUGUCGACUUGGCGUAUCAGCCUGUUGGGAAUGAUAAUGAAGCCCUUGCUUCAUUUAACCUUCCCAUGUUCAUCAACGGCGAUGAUAACAACAUCUUCCACACAAAGAACGCGUCCAUGAGCGACUGGAAUAGACGCAUUUGUUCCUUACUCGAAGUUCUAUACAGCACACUUGACGAUAGCCCCAAAUCAACGUCAGCCACUCUUUUGGUUCUCAAGUUCCGAUUCGCGACCAUCAAGCAUCGGCGUCGACUCGUCCGCGCUCGCAUCAGCAUUGAGUUCUUCUCCAAGGACCCCGAAGUUGCCGCACCAACCGUUCUGGCCAUUGGCUUUGAUUACCGCUGGGCUGUCGAGCCGACGGUCGAUCAUGACGACUCCGUUGCUGGGGGGAAAAUGAAUGUUGGAGUUCCAGGCAUACCAUUCGUCGAAGCAACGGUAGCGGCGUCGACGGAAAAGACUCGUAGCAGAGACAGACAAGAUGCAACCACCAUCACAGGAAGCACACACUUUGGCAAAGGCCUCGAUACGGGUAACCAUACAGCAUGCUCCUGGACCCUCUUGGAGAACAAGACACGGAAGAACGCUUCCCCCAACCAAGAAACUCCCCGGGCCAACUCCUCCACCAGCUAG